CCAAUUUUUUUCUUGAAGUAGUGUGAUAAGUUAAACUUGAAGCAUCAGGAUAUUGAAAAAAAUCCCAACCGAAGAUUGAAAGUUUGAACAAAAUCAAGAAAAAGUAACAAUCACUUUUCUAUUGCUUUGAAUCGUUCCCAUUUGCCUUCAACUCUUGCCAUGCAACUUAACUGUUUGAUAAAAUGUUUCAACCAAUUAUACUAAUUUAUAUUACUUAGCUUCAUUUUCAGUUAUCAGGGUAUUGUUUUGUUGAGUUCAGCCUUUGCAAGAAUGCUCUUCAGGAGUUUACAUUCUAGUAGAAAACUUCUGAGGUGUUUUUCAUCUGCAACUCCUCCUCUUGUGCUUAAACCUGGUCAUGUUUUGAAAAAAUCAAGGGUUUUUACUCAGGAAGAUGUUCUUCAAUACUCCAAAGUGAGUCAUGAUUCUAAUCCUCUGCAUACUGAUUUGGCUGCUGCUCGAAAUGUGGGAUUUGAAGGUCCAUUGGUACAUGGGAUGCUUGUUGCUUCACUUUUUCCGAAUAUCAUCUCAUCACAUUUUCCUGCAGCUGUAUAUGUGUCUCAGACCUUAAAAUUCAAGUUGCCAGUCUAUAUUGGAGAUCAGAUUGUUGGUGAAGUAGAAGCAACUAAUCUAAAACAAAAUAAAAAUCGAUAUCUUGCAAAGUUUAAGACAAGGUGCUUCAAGAAUGGAGAAAUUCUUGUCAUUGAAGGUGAAGCAUUGGCUUUGUUACCAACCCUUGAUUAUAGAGCAGUGGACGUAUAAGAAGCUGUAGAAGCUACUCACAUCAUAAUUCCUUUUCUUGGGCGAUAUUAGCUAUACCGGUAAUCUGUUUGUAAUUGAUAAUGACUCAUGCUUGAUUAUUUAACGUUGAUAUGUUCGUGUUUUGUAAUAUCUCACUUCUUUCUAUAACUAUGAAUCAAAUGGGAGAAAGGGUAUAAUCUAUCAGUAUGACUAUGAUCAAUUUUUGGCAUUUUGUACCCUUUAACACUAAUGGUUUUGGAAUAAAAGAUUACUGUAAUAGCGAGUAAGCUUUACCUGUAGUUUCGUGGCAAUUUGUUUUUUAU